AUGAGCUCUACCACCAAGUCCUCCCAGUCCGCCCGUCUACAGAAUGAUUUCGGUGCCGACUAUUGGAUUCGCAAUCCUUCCCAGGAGCACCGCCAUGCUACGGCUGGCCGAGGCCUCUUUGCCGGCCUCCAGGACGUGAAGCAGUAUAACGUCGACAACGGCUGGGCACGGCGUAAGUCCGGCGACAUGCAGAGCGGGCUAUUUGGCUCACUCUGGAGCAAGUACGUUGGCUCUUCCUCCCUCCCUUUCUCAUCGUCCGGCACGGGACCAAACACAGGGGAAUGCAUUGCUGACUAG